AUGAAGGCGGAAGAAAAGGAAGAUCGAGAGCUUCAUGAGCCCCCACUCGAGUCUUAUCAUCGCGCUCUUUUAUCUUCUCCUCGCAUUUCAUCCCUGCCAUCCGGCCCGGCAGAUCGCACCACGCCGGGAACCCGCACGAUGGCGACUCCCGCGUCGCUCCGGCGCAAGAAUUUCACGCUCGAGGAACUCUCCGUGCUUUUAGACGAAGUGAAAAAACGGAAGGAAGUCCUACUCGGACCCAUCACGGCGACCAACACGUCGACGAAGCAGAGCAGAGCCUGGGAAGUCGUCGCCUUCGCCAUGUGCUCGCUCUCCGGCAUCGAACGUUCCGGAGAGGAGGUGAAAACCAAGUUCAGGCAGAUGAAGUACGCCGCGAGGCGACGGCAGGUCAAAGCCGUCGUCGAGAUGAAGGCCGGCCUCCCUCCCCGGCAGCCCUCCCGCCGCGAUUCAAACAUCCUGGAGAUCGUCGGGGAAUCGCGGGAAUCCCUGCGAGGCGCCCACGCCGGCCGGGAAUCUUUUCCCGUUCGGCAAUCGCCUGCUGCCGCCGCCCCGGCCGGACAGUUCCCAUUGGUGAGAGAAGCCGAUCGAGACAGUGAGAAGCCGCCGAAUUCCUUCCCAUAUCUGCCUCCCAUUUCAAAGAAUCCCGGAGAGAGCUCUGGUGUGGGAGCGAAGUCGCGCUCAACCGCUGGACAGUUCCAAAUGACUAGAGAAGCCGAUCGAGACAGUGAGAAGCCGCCGAAUCCCUUCCCACUUCUGCUUCCCACUUCAAAGAAUCCGGGAGAGAACUCUGGAGUGGGAGCGAAGUCGCGCUCAAGCGUUCCGUCGAAGCCGAUCCGAAAAACGGAGGUGAAAAAUGGGACCGAAGGGAGGUCCGUCGACGACGGCGCGGCCCUCCUGAGAACGCAGCAAUCAAUCCUGAAGGAAUUGAAGGCCCUCACCGCGUCCGUGAAGGAGGUCGUGGAGCAUCAGAAGCAGCUCGUUCUCCUGCAAGGAAGUUUCUACGCGUCUGAACUCUGGGGCGGCGUAGCCCCUCCUCCGACGGUUCAAUCUUCCCCGUUUAAUCCCUUAUAA